AAUAUCUAAAAACCACAAACAACUUAACCCAUAUGAUCAAUCGCAUCCAUUUUCACUCUCACCGGACUUCUUCUCAUUUUCCGGCGACUCUCCGAUCAAAACAAGGAUUGAAUUAUGGGGCGUUUUUCGUCUAUGUUUGAUGGGUUAGCGAGAACCUUUUCGAGUGGCAAGAGAGGAGAGAGUUCUGGGCAAUGUGGUGGAAAGGAAGCUGCAGAAGCCAUUGCAAAAGAUGCAAAGAAGAACGAGAUGAUCUUAAGAUCUUCGGGUACAAUCAAUGUGAACGGAUCCAAUAAUUUCGCUUCUGUUUGCUCCAAAAGAGGUGAAAAGGGGGUGAAUCAAGAUUGUUGCAUCGUAUGGGAGGAAUUUGGGUGCCAAGAAGAUAUGAUGUUUUGUGGGGUUUUUGAUGGUCAUGGUCCCUGGGGACAUUAUGUUGCCAAGAGAGUUUGUGACUCGAUGCCAUCAUCGUUGCUCUGUAAUUGGCAAGAGAUGCUAGUCGAAGGUUCGUUUGAUCCUGAUGUCGACUUGCAGUCUGAUAAAAAGCUUGAUAGAUUCCAUCUAUGGCAACAUUCUUUCGAAAAGGCUUGUGCUGAUGUUGACCAGGAUCUAGAGCAAUGCCGCAAAUUUGAUUCCGUUUAUAGUGGAACCACCGCUUUGACAGCAGUUAGACAGGGUGACCAUUUGGUCGUAGCGAAUGUUGGAGAUUCUCGUGCUGUACUGGCUACGACUACUAAUGAUGGCUACUUGGUACCCGUACAACUUACCAUCGAUUUUAAGCCAAAUCUACCUCAGGAGGCUGAACGGAUAGUGGAGUGUAAUGGGCGAGUUUUCAGCUUAGAGGACGAGCCUGGCCUGCACCGGAUGUGGUUGCCAUACGAGGACUCGCCAGGUCUGGCUAUGUCAAGAGCCUUCGGCGAUUACUGCAUAAAGAAUUUUGGGCUCAUAUCUGUUCCUGAAGUCGUACAAAGACAUAUAACCACCAGAGACCAAUUUAUCGUGCUCGCUUCAGAUGGGGUGUGGGAUGUCGUUUCAAAUGAAGAAGCCGUGGAGAUAGUGUCAUCGGCAGCUGACAAGGCCAAAUCGGCUAAACGACUGGUGGACUAUGCAAUCCGAGCAUGGAAACACAAGCGGAAAGGAAUCGCAACAGAUGAUAUUUCAGCUAUUUGCAUCUUCUUUCAUAAUAACAAUGCUCAGCCAAUUCAUCAUGUAGCUACUCCAAAAUAAAGCCUAACAAAAUCUUUAAGGUUGUUUAC